UGACUACUAGCUUGAUGUGAGUCGGCUCUUUGAGUGACAAUUAAAAUUUUAAUUCAUAACCGUUUCCAAGUGAAAUUUCUAGUUUGUCUAUUAAUUAUUGUCGAUUUUUUCCGGUUGCCCUAAUGGCGAAUAUUUUCGCAUUUAUAGAUUUUAUUCUAUGUUUGAAAUUAGCGUAUGCUCCAAGUUAUCCACAGAUGUUAGCAACUUUUCCUUGUUUGGUUCAGAUUGCAGACCGGAAUGGAUCUCACUUAUGUGGCGGUGCAUUGCUCCAGAGUAACGCUGUGCUUUCGUCCGCGGGGUGCCUUCAACCGUAUGCUUUAGGAAGAAAGCUAAAAACGCUAGUAGUUCAAGCAGGUUGCCCUCAUUCACCGUCCUACCAGGAGAAACGUGUUCGACUAGUCCACAUUCACGACAAGUACAAUAGCGUCCUCAAGAAGAACGAACUUGCAGUAAUUAUAUUGACUUCCAAUGUCAAAAACACUUUGCAUAGUAGACCAAUUGCAUUUCCGCCGCGGCCUGCAAUCGCUGGAGAGAACUGCUUUUAUCCAACAUACGAUACGAUUUCUGAACGAUUUCCUUAUAAUAUUAGUUUUCUUCCAAUGGUUAUAAGAAAACGAAAUUUAUGUAAACAUCCUGAACUUGAGAACAAGAUCUGUGUUGACAGCAGAAAAGCUGUAUUUGGGACUUGCAAAGGAGACAACGGUGGCCCGCUUAUUUGUAAAAACUUAUUGUAUGGACUAAGCUAUAAAACCGUUGAGGUCUGCACCAAGCUUCCUGAAUUAUUUACAGAAAUUUAUCCCCAUAGAGAGUGGAUCCGAAGAAUGAUUCUUAUAAGCACGCGUAGCUCCCGCAGCUUGGGUUUGUCUCGGUCUUCGGAGAUUGAAGUAAGUCUACCAUUUACCGGUGUUUAUAUCAUGAAAAUUAUUUUUUGUACUUUUACAUGUGCUGUAAAUGUUUUGUAUUUCUUCAAGUGGCAUAGUUUAGCAUUUAUGUGUUAGUUUUCACAAACGCAACUUUUUAUAUUGGAACAAUGAAAAUAAACCAUUCAAAGUUUA